UUGGACAGCAUGAAUGGAUUCAUUUCUCUCUUUGAGUGCUUUGUUUGGCUGGGCUGCAUGGAGUUUGAUGUCAUUGUUUAAUCUGAAAGCAUCCUUGUAAGCCUGACCUCUGUUCAUUUCUAUCUUUAGCAUUUGGCUGGUUUUAUCGAUAUGAGGGGAAACUGCCAUCAUUACGCAAGAAAGGAGACAAAAAGAAGAAAAAGAAGAAAGUGUCCAACACAGACACGCUGCAGGAGCAGAGAAAAAACAAGAAGGAGAUGGAGUUUGAGCUGAAACUCGCCAAAGAGAAGGAAGAGAUGCACGAGCGAGAGAAGCAACUAAAGAUCAGUCGGCUGGUUCAGGAGGUUUCAGAGACGGAGAGGGAAGACUUAGAGGAGUCAGAAAAGGUGCAGCACUGGGUGGAGCGUCUAUGUCAGACACGACUGGAGCAGAUCUCGUGUGUGGAGAAUGAAUCCCCCGAGCUCUCCCCGCCACGCUCCCCUGCUUCUGAGCCAAAAGUGAAGCGUUUUCCUGGUGGUCUUCACCUGGCCACCACUGAUCUGGACGACAUUAACCUGGACGAAGUGGAUCAGAGCUUGAGGGGCCCGCUAAAAAGACUAGCCCCUACCCAGCCCAGCACCAGCCAGCCACCACCUCCCUUACCUCUCCCUCCACGCUCGCCCAACCUGAAUCCAACCAUCCCUAACUAUCCCCCCUCUCCUUCUCAAGCAUCUCCACAGCGCCCGCCCCCUUCCCCACCUAAUGCUAGGAAACCUCCCUCUGCCCCAUCCACUUUGAUGAAUAAGAGGCUGAGGCCUCAGCCGCACCCCCAACCUUCCUCUCAUUACCCGUCUCGUGUGUCGCGACCUCCAUCGUCCCCUCAACCUGCUCCCCGGCCCCCUCCGCCCCCACCCCCUCCUCCUCCGCCGCCCCCACCUCCUCCUCCACCGCCACCUCCACAGCACUCUGAAGAACGACUUGGCACCAUCAGAGGUUACCACCACCAUCAUCACCAGCAUCCCCCCAGUCCACAAGAACCCAGGAGCGAGUGGGAGGCAGGCAGAUAUCUCCCCAGAGGAGGGAUUUACUCGUCUAACACUAGUGAAAUGUCCUACCCCUCCAGUCCAAAGGUCAGAGAUCCUCAUGUGUGAAACAUGCGAGUUGCUAGGGAAGAUGUAGGUUGCUACAUCUUCAAUAGCAAGAUCGGUUUUUCUUUAAUGCAUAGGUUUACGUGCAUGUCGUCUCUUAUGUGUUGGGAUGUUUUAAUGCAUGAAGAGAGAGCAGCACGUUCUGUCUACAGCGAGCAGUAAGCUGCUCAUGUUUCUUUGUAGUGUGUGGUUUCUUAGCCUACAGGAGUUUCUGAAAUUUGGGUGUUUUCUUAUGUUUGUGCGUGUGCAGUUGGGCCUGUGUGCUUGGCAGUAGACGCUUUUGAACUCUCAGCCAUGGUGUGAUAUCUGAGAGAACGGGAGUGGGUCUUGGAGUGUGUUGCACUGAUAUUUUCCUUAGUAGUCUGUUUGUGCCAGGGGGCUGAAAGUUUCAUUAUAUUCCACUGUGGUUCAGGUAAUGAGAAAUACAUCCCAUGCCAGUCGUGUUUCAACUUCAAGCAGCCCCCUGGUGAGUCUUUUGCUGCAAAAGGUCAUGCUGACGUUUGUAAUCACACCUUCUUCUUUUCUUUUCU